GACGCAGUGCGGUGGGAACGAAUUUCAAACUUGACAGCGAAGAAAAGCAUUUGCGCUUCUUGCUACGAAGGCUGCUCGUUGACUACGUUUUUUAACGCGAGAGAGAUGGCGUUGUUCCCGCUGCUCUACCGAGACAACUGGGGGCCGUCAGAUUUGGCGCGUCGCUUCUUCAACGACGACUUCGGCCGAGUUUUACUCGACGGUGAGCUGUUUGACCCUCCGUUCUUCCACCAACGGUUCUAUGUCGAACCUUACAACCGAGGCAGCUUGGACUCGACCCGAGCCGUAGCCCAACAGGGCUCGGCAGUCUCCUGCACGCCGGACAAGUUCGCCAUCAACGUUGACACCCGGCACUUCGCUCCGGAAGAGAUCACUGUCAAGACGCAGGACAACUGCAUCGUCAUUCACGGCAAGCACGAAGAGAAGUCUGACGACCGCGGCUGCUACAUAAUGCGCGAGUUCAGCCGACGCUACGUCUUGCCCGAAGACGUCGAGCCUGAGUCGGUCAAGUGUCACCUGAACCCAUCGGGCUACCUGUCCCUGGAAGCUCCUCGUAAAAACGCGCCCAAGAAAGAAGACACGAACAAGCCGAUCCCGAUAGAAAUCAAACACGAAUCCAGCGCGGGCGGUGACAAAAAGUGAGCUUGAUCUAAACGUUCCGAACUCAGAACCGGCGUCGAUUAAACACAGGAUGCAUGCUCCUACCAGUCAAGCAUAACAAUCCGAGCCUUUACCAAAGCAGGAAGAUCGUUGUUUGUGAGCAGGUACUCGCAUUCGAGACCUAACCGAGUGAUAACAAAAGCGUCGGUCGCCUUCCCGUGGUUGUUCGUUUUACCUGUGAUGUAUACGUGUUAUAUAUAGUCACUAAUAAAGUUUCUGAAAGUUCCAGUU